UUGCAUUUUCGCUAAAUUUAUUCUACAUGUACGGUACGUUUACGAGAGCAUAACCAUGUCAUAAACAACUUGACGCUGGCUCUUUACACUUUGAUUGGGUUUAGACUCGAAUGAAUAGUCGAAAAUCGACAUUCAGAUCCCUGUUUGUUUUGUAAAAUCAACAUCGUAACCCCACUUUGUCGAAGAACAAAAAAGACAAUUUCAAAACAAGAGAAAAAUUACAAACGAGAACUCGACUUAAAGUAAAGUAUUUUUAGUAUUUAAAUGGAAUUAUAUAAAUUUAGAUGCUAAGAAAUGCAGAAAGCUGAUAUUAGUUGGAUUUGUUUACAACUGAAAAGCUUUAACCUGCGAAAUAGAAUUGCUAUCAUUAUUCGGUACAAAAUAAUCCGAACGACAAACAACUUGUCUUAACGAGAUUAAUUAAAUGCGGUGGAACGGAAGUCGUCGUAAGCGUAAAGGAUAAUGAAGAUAAAAUUACUGCUGGAACGAUAGAGGUUUCCUUUAAGAUCAAGAAGCUUACAUUUUUGCCGAUACACACCAAGAGACGAGUACACAUUGUAAAGAAAAGGCUGCUACUUUGACUGCUUCCAAAGCGGCAUUAGCCAAAAUGCGAACAAAGCACUUCGUUCUUGUACUUUGUUGUAUUGCAGCUUCAACUUUAUUAUUUAUCAUAUUUGGAACAAGUGAAUCUAACGACUCAUUCAAAAACAUAGUUUCGCAUACCCACCAACAAAUAAACAAAUUCCAGGAGAAUUUACGUGUUUCCGAAGAAAAGAAACUUGAAAUUGAUGAGAAGUACUUAUCAAUAUUGGGAUUUACAUCGUAUCUUCCAAAUAAUACGAAGAAAAAUGUCGAUGAAACAGUUUAUUUCAAAUACGAUGCUCAUAACACAAAUGAGAAGACCCAAACAUACAUGGGACAUUCUAUGAAAAUGAAUAACAUGCAAUACUUACACUAUCAUAUACAAAAUGUCGAUAAUGCUCAAUCAACUCAGUCCCAAGUUCAUGCCACUUCUGCACAUGUAUUUAACGGAACAAAAGUAAAUUUUACAAUAGUUACUUACGUACAGGAGGGUCAAGCUCCUUCGGCCAUUCUUUUGUCGCAAAAUAUAGCAUUGAAAUUUCCAAACGAGUACCUAAUAAUAUAUGAUCUAGGCUUGUCUGAGGAGGACUUAAAAGCACUUAGCGCGUAUUGCAACAACUCUCGUUGUCUUGUUAUAUCAUAUGAUUUGUCAAUAUUUCCAUCUCAUGUGACUGAUCAACGUAUGCACGCAUAUCGUUCCAUUGUGAUAAAAGAUGCAUUAAUGCGGUCUAAAUCAAUACUAUUUGCUGAGAAUUACAUAAGGAUUCGUGGAACUAAUCGUGAUUUAAAUGAACUGAGAAAGAAAUUACAUGCAGUCGGUGUCCUCGGCUGGAAUACACCAACUGCUGUUUCCACACGAACACAUCCGAAAAUGUUUGAUUAUUUCCAAACUGACGCCGACGACUACUUCUUUUUGAAAAUGGUAGAUUUGGACACUGUUCUUUUUGAAGAUACAGACUUCGUUGCCGAGAAAAUACUAUUACCAUGGAUUAAAUGCGCACUCACUUUGGAAUGUUUGGACCCGAUUGGUGCCAAUUGGGCGGGUUGCAAAUAUAAUAAAAAACCUCAAUAUCGUUAUUCAGGUUGUCACAGCUAUGACACGUCGGCCUUUAAUAUUGUUCUGGGUCUCACCUGGCAUCUCGACGAUACAAAAUAUUCACUGCCAAGUGAAAAAUACAAUAUAUUUUAUAAAGAAACGCUGGAACAAGCCACAAAGAUCCUCGAAAAUCGAAGACGUAAUAAUAGUGAAGCAUCUGAACAUCCGUUCACGGAAGAUUAAAUUUUUGCGGAUAAUACCUCUGUUUUGGCAAAUAUUUUGGGAUAUUUGUACUUGAAUCGUAUUAAAGUAGUAUCUGCAGUAACACAAUGAAGAAAAUACGAAAAAAUAUUAACUGUGGUUUUAUACAUCAUAUACAAAUUACUCCACGAUAUACAUCAUAUGCUGCUUUAACGCAAAUACAACAGAAGCCUCCUUUCAUUUAGUAAUACUUUUCUUGGAGAAAAUUAAAAAAAAAGAUUGCUAUGUAUGUAUAGUUUAUAUCAUUUGAUUACUUCUAUUUUUAAACGCAGUGUUAUUUUAUUGCGUUUUAUUAGUACUUUUAUAUUUAUUUAUUGUGUUGGUACUAUUGAUAUAUGUAGAUACAAAGAUAGUCAUAUUUACACAUGGAUUAGUCUUUUAAAAAAUUCCAAAGAACCAUGUUAUUUGUUGUUCUUACAAAACAAAAAUUGAUAAAAAAUAAAACAAAACAAGAAAUGCAAAAAAUGUGCCAUGGGUAAAAGCCUUUGACUAUCUUUGUAUAAAUAUUUUGUUAAUACUUUUUGUUGAGUUAUCCUGUUCUUUUAUACAAAUAUAUGUUUAUAUAUAUGUAUGUAUGAUUUCAAAAGAUAUAACGAAGUGAUUUAGACUUUAGAGUAUUAUGUGAUUUUAUGUUAAAAUAUCAAUUAUUGAUAAAAAUGGGAGCUUUAAAGCGAACAAAAUUAUUGCAGCAUCUCAUUUUCUUACCGAAUAAAAUAGAAAGUAGAAUUAUAUUCUUUAAUAGAAUAAGUUCGUAAUAUAUUGCUUAAUAAAGGAAACAAUGCUUAAAUUUAAUAUUUGUAAUUUUAAAAGCUCAUCCAAGCUUCGUAAAUCAUAUUAGAAAAUAAACUUGUCAUGAUCCCCAUAUUCUUUAAUGUGUUUUCCUUUGAGGAAUUUUUGGAAAACUUUGUAAUUUUAAAAGCUCAUCCAAGCUUCGUAAAUCAUAUUAGAAAAUAAACUUGUCAUGAUCCCCAUA